AGAGCCUCUCUCCGAUGAGGGGGGCACAGGAAGCGGAAGGCCCUAGUCGUCUCUUUGGGUGUGUCUUAGCUUUCAUUCAUCAGUCCAUGUUAUUCAGGGAAAAAGGCUGGAGAUGGAUCAACCAAAAGGGUUGAAGGGAUUAUUUUCUAGUUUUGCAGGAGGAUUCGUAGCUCGUGAUGGUUUUUUCGUCCGAUUUGCAGCGUUUGGUUGUUUUGAGGGAUUUAGGGUUUUCAUAUAACCUGGUUUUGUUUUCAUAGGUUAUAAUCGCUAGCUAUUAAUGAACUGAAUAGAAAGAUCAAGACGUGCCAAAAUUUCGUUGCGAUCCAACUGAUCUCACUCUGUGAAAUUGACCAGGAGGCACUUCGCAUACUCUCUUGAAACAUCCGCAUGUGAAGCACUUCAGAAAUGCUACCCAUACCUUAUAGCCAUGACAACGAUGGAGAGAACAGUAACAGUAUGCUGGUCCAAGUGGUUGAAACUUCUGAGGAUCCAUGGAUACCAUUUGAAGACGAUAUCUUUACCGGUCAGGAGGACUCGAGCUCGUUCCUGCAUCAAGAAGAUCUGAUCAUGGUGCAACCAUCUGUGGCUGAAGGGUUGAUUGCAGCUAGCGACUAUCAGAAUAGUAAAGAGAAAGCUGGUAGGCAGAGGCGCUUUCAGACUGGGAAGUCAGUGGUGCAACCUGGUGCGGAUGAGGAGUUGGUCGUGAAGAAACUCGAUCAUAACGCAAAGGAAAGGGUACGCAGGAUGAAGCUCAAUUCCUCCUACUUGGCUCUUCGCUCAUUGCUACCAGAUUCUCGUAGAUCAAAGAAGAAAUGGAGCGCUCCUGUUAUAGUGGGUAAAGUUCUAGAAUACAUUCCAGAGUUGGAGUCUGAGAUUGAGAAUCUUACUCAGAGGAAGGAACAAAUGCUGUCCAUCGUAGAAAAGAGGCAAAUUCCCACCCAAGGUUCACCUUCAGAAUCCAAAACUCCCACAGUUUCAGUAAGUGAAGUUAGAAAAGGAGAAGUGAUAGUUCAAAUAUGCAUUCAGAGAGAAAAUUCCAGUGUUUUCUCUACUCUACUAGCUAAUGCUGAAGGUGAAGGAAUGCAAAUUGUCAGCAGUUCGGCUCUUUCAGUCUCUGAUGACAGAGUUUGCUACCAUCUACAUCUUCAUGUGAGUGGAAGAUCACCAAGAGCCGACUACAUUGCAGUGUUAAGGACAAAGAUACUUUCUUGGUUGUGCGGGAGAUCAUCUAUUUCGGAUGACAGAAACGUCUAACUGAAAGUCCUCUGUGAACGAAGAUGGAAAUUGGUAAACAAGUGUUUACAUCAACAGAUAUAUCAUAUUUUUCUUUUUUCUGUUUUUGAGUAUUGCUCCAAUUCUAUGGAUGUCUCCGAAGAGACAUCUCAAUUGUAUUCGGGAGUACAAUAAAAUUCAAUGACAAAAGUAGCAGAAGGCAUGUGAACUGUACAUGGUUCGGAGGAUUUCCUACAUGCACUGUGUAAGAUUAGCAAAAUUCCAUCAUGAAGAUGUACAGUUAAAUUA